UGCAAAGGAGAGAUCUCAGUUACAUAAAUGCUACAGCGGAUUUCUAGGACACUCACGCCAAUUGUUCGUCAUAAGCCAAGAGCUCAUACAUUGCUCUCUUAUUCGCAAACAGCGGAGCAAAAUGUUACCAAACAACUUACAGCCUUAGCAGAGCUGACCGAUCUCAUAAACAAGACGCCAAGUACCAAUGCAAAGCAUGAACUUCUAGCCAAAUACCCAAGCUGCGCUGAUAUUCUCAAACGUAUAUACGCUCCGCAUACUAGAUUCUGGAUUUCUUCUCGUGCUAUAGUUCAAUAUGAGGAGAAGGCUGAGGAAAUUGAUUGUCAAUUCAAGUCUCUAGAUGAUCUCUUGGAUAAUUUGUCCUCUCGGCAGCUGACUGGAAACAACGCUUUAGCUGCUGCCUGUGCCUUUCUAAAAUCCUAUUGCCAAAGUUCUGAACUUCGUGAGAUAUUCUUCAAAGUAAUAGACCGAAACAUGCGAAUGGGAGUAUCGCUACAGACGCUGAAUCGCGUUUUUCCAAAUGCAUCGCCAGACUUUCGCGUGGCUUUAGCUAUGCCGUUCAAAGGCGACCCAUCUUCAGUGGUUAGUAAAGGAGAGCCAUGGUAUGCUUCGCGAAAAUUGGACGGUGUCAGGUGCCUAGCUACUGCAACAAGAAUGACAUUAUCUGACCCUUGGGUCGUUGAUUGUCGAUCUCGAACUGGGCGGCCAUUUAUGACUCUUCAAAAAGUUCAGAGUGCUUUGAAAGAUGCGUUGCGAAAUUAUAAUGGACCCAAUAUUGUUUUCGACGGCGAGAUAUGUGUUUAUGAAGAAAGUGAACACCUGGAGACGUUUGUGUCGGCAUUGAAGCAAAUAAAAACCUUGGACAAACAAAUGGACAAACCAGUAUACCAGAUCUUCGACGUUAUACCCAUCGACAGCUUCAACAAUGCAUAUGACCAAACCAUAUUCUCCAAACGACUCGAACAGCUUCAGAAAAUUGUUCAAGCAGCAGAUCAAAAUGUUAUACGCGCUGUGCCUCAGACAUUACUAGUCAACAAUGAGGAUUUGAUUAAUAUGGAGAAAACUGCUGUGGAUAAUGGAUGGGAGGGGAUAAUGCUGAGGAAGGACACAGUUUACGAAGGGAAACGAAGCCGAAAUUUACUCAAGCUGAAGCAGUACGAAGAUUCUGAGUACGAGGUGAAGGGUAUCGAAACUGGAGACAUGAGGAUGCCAGAUACUGGCAUGGUUGAAAAAGUAAUGACGUCGGUGAUUAUCCAGCACAAAGGAAAUAAUGUAGGAGUUGGAUCUGGCUUUUCCAACCAGCAGAGAAGACGCUAUGCGCAAGAUCCUAGUCUUAUAAUUGGAAAGGAAAUAUGUGUCCAAUAUUUUCAAGAGUCCGAGUCUGAAAAGUCAAAUGGGAAAUCUCUACGGUUUCCAUCAGUAAAAGCUGUCUAUGAACAAGGCAGACGUGAAGAGUAAAACACACUUCUGCAGAGGCAUGACUGGUUUUUGUAUGAAAAUGAGAAAAAAAAAGUAGUCACCUUGGCUAUGGACUGAGAAAGUUUUCCAUUCCAGAAAUUUGAAAGAUCGUUUCAGCGACCAUGCAAGGCUUAUUCGAUGCUCCAGGGUGGAAUUUGGGAGCCAUAGCAAAGGAGGCUCCUACGAAAUUGUCAAAGUCACAGGAAAAAAAGGCGUUCAAAAGGAAGAAGUU